UUGGGUGGCCCUCUCUCGGCUAACCAUAACUACGUAGUACAACUCCUGAACUACACACCAUUUUCUAGUCUCUCUCUAGUCUCUGCGAUAAAGCUAAAGGACAGCCGUAAACUUACUCAUCCUUCAUCGUAACUUUUCUCACAUGCUCUUCCUCACGUACUACUCGCUGCACCGUCUUUUGGUUCUUUUGCGUGCUGGGUUUAGUGGGUGGAUUUGAAUAGAGGAGGAUUACUAGUGGUACUUUUGUCAAGAUGAAUAUGAAGGGUCUAAUUCAGAGUCCCUCGUGUUCUUCUUCUCCUUCUUCUUCAUCCUCUGCAUUUCUUCGUCCUCCUUGCCGCGCCUAUGCUUCUCGCAAUUCUAAAUUCCCAGUGCUGUUCCCACAGGCAAUAUGUACCUCCCAAAGGAUACAUCGUUGCUCUGGUCCUUCAAAGAAUUACAUAGAUGCAAGAUUUUCUUCUGGAUGGUCUGAAACAAAAUCUUUAUUUUCAAAGAAAUCCCUAAAGAAGUAUUUGAUUCCAUUGGGAGCACUUGUGACCUCAAAAACUCAAGAUGUCUCCAAUGCACCUAUUGUUGGUGAUGAUAAGAUUGGAGUCUUGUUGCUGAACCUUGGAGGUCCCGAGACUCUUGAAGAUGUGCAGCCUUUCUUGUUUAACCUUUUUGCUGACCCGGAUAUUAUACGACUACCAAGGUUGUUUCGUUUUCUUCAAAAGCCCCUGGCACAAUUCAUAUCUGUUCUCCGGGCUCCCAAGAGCAAAGAAGGCUAUGCCUCAAUCGGUGGUGGUUCUCCUCUUCGACGAAUAACUGAUGCGCAGGCUAAAGAGUUGAUGAAGUUCCUCUGGGAAAAGAAUGUCCCAGCCAAGGUGUAUGUUGGUAUGCGUUAUUGGCAUCCAUUCACUGAAGAAGCUAUUGAGCAGAUAAAAAGAGAUGGAAUUACAAAGCUUGUUGUCCUUCCACUUUAUCCACAAUUUUCAAUAUCAACCAGUGGUUCUAGCCUUCGACUCUUGGAGAGUAUAUUCCGGGAGGAUGAAUAUUUAGUCAACAUGCAGCACACAGUAAUACCUUCAUGGUACCAGCGUGAAGGGUACAUAAAGGCCAUGGCAGAUUUGAUUGAGAAGGAGUUGAGAAAUUUUGACUUCUCUGAACAGGUUAUGAUAUUCUUUAGUGCGCAUGGGGUGCCACUUGCAUAUGUUGAAGAAGCUGGUGAUCCAUACAAGGCAGAGAUGGAGGAAUGUGUGGAUUUGAUAAUUGAAGAAUUAGAAAAGAGGAAGAUAAAUAAUGCUUACACUCUUGCUUAUCAGAGCAGAGUUGGACCUGUGGAAUGGUUGAAACCCUAUACGGAUGAGACAAUAAUUGAACUUGGGCAAAAAGGAGUGAAACGUUUGUUGGCAGUCCCCAUCAGUUUUGUCAGUGAACACAUUGAAACUCUAGAAGAAAUUGACGUUGAGUAUAAAGAAUUAGCUCUAAAGUCUGGUAUAGAAAAAUGGGGGCGUGUUCCUGCCCUAGGUUGUGAACCAACCUUCAUUUCAGAUUUGGCUGAUGCUGUGAUUGAGAGUCUCCCAUAUGUUGGAGCCAUGGCAGUCUCAAACCUCGAAGCUCGACAGUCUUUGGUUCCCCUUGGCAGCGUAGAAGAAUUAUUGGCAGCAUAUGAUUCACAACGCAGGGAGCUACCAGCACCUGUUACAGUGUGGGAAUGGGGUUGGACAAAAAGUGCUGAAACUUGGAAUGGAAGGGCAGCUAUGUUGGCAGUGCUUGUUCUAUUGGUGCUAGAAGUCACCACUGGGGAGGGUUUUCUACACCAGUGGGGCAUAUUGCCGCUGUUUCGGUGAAUCUCUCCCUCUUCCUUCAUGGAAAUUAAUGGAGCCACUUGUAAAUUUUGUUUAUGCAUACUAUCAGCAUCUUCCAUACAUGCAUCACAUUUGGCUCUUGCAGCAUGGACAUCGAUAUGAAUAAAAUGUUACAUAAAAAUAUGUAUCAUAGUGAUUUUGGUUUGUAUGCAUGCAGACUGUUCCUUGAAUGUAUGUUGUAAAGCUUUUUGCUUUGUUUUUUUC